AUGGAUAUGUCAAAAGACUGGAUGGAUACACCACAUCAUGAGAAAGAAUAUCAAGUUGGUGUAGAAAGAUUUUUACACUUUGCUUUCUCAUCAAAGGGAGUUCCUCAAGGGGAAGAAAUUCAAUGCCCUUGUGCAAAGUGUUGUAAUAUAUUUUGGUUAAAGAGAGAUGACGUAUAUGAUCAUCUAAUAUACCACGGUUUUGUAAAAGGUUAUAGGCGGUGGUUUAAUCAUGGGGAAUCACUUUUUGCUAUGGAUAUUGACAGUGACAUAGGCGGUGAAUAUAACUGCAAUGAUAACAUUGAUGAGUUGUUACGUGAUAGAUUUCGAGAUAAUACACAAGUUGACGGACAAAACAUGGGGCCUAACGAAUGUGCAAAGGAAUUUUAUAAAUUGGUAGACGAGGCAAGCCAAGAACUAUACCCCGGGUGUAAAGGAUUCACAAGAUUAUCCUUUACCAUUCGUCUUUACUUGUUAAAAUGCUUGCAUGGUUUGAGUAAUGCGUCAUUUACUUCUCUCUUGAAAUUAUUGAAAAAAGCAAUGCCAUAUUUGAAUAUUCCUAUUUCUUUUGAUAAAACCAAGAAUAUGGUGAAGAACUUGGGUCUUGACUACCAAAAUAUCGAUGCAUGUCGCAAUGACUGCAUGUUGUAUCGGAACGGGUAUGAAAAUGACUCAUCUUGUCAUGUCUGUGGAACAUCCCGUUAUAUUGAGCAUCAUGAAGAAGAGGAUGAUGUUACCUUGUCUAGAAAGCCUCACAAAGUUGCUGAGCCUCGUAAUGUGAGACUUGGAUUAGCAAGCUACGGAUUCAAUCCAUUCCAAACUUUGAGCAGUACACAUAGUACAUGGCCUGUUGUUCUGAUGGUGUAUAAUCUACCCCCUUGGAUGAGCAUGAAGCCUGAUUAUUUUAUGCUAUCUUUACUCAUUUCUGGACCACAAUCACCGAGAAAUGACAUUGAUAUCUAUCUUCAACCGUUGAUUAAAGAAUUAAAAGAAUUAUGGGAGUCAGGUGUCGAAACAUAUGAUUCGAAAGAAAACAAAACAUUCAACAUGAGAGCAUGCCUUUUGUGGACAAUUAAUGACUUCCCUGCGUAUGCUAUGUUAUCUGGGUGGAGUACAAAGGGAAAAUUGGCUUGUCCAUGUUGUAAUGAUGAGACUUCUUCUAUCUAUCUGAAAAAUAGUCACAAGACUGUUUAUAUGGAUCACCGAAGGUUUUUACCCAUGAAUCAUCCAUGGAGGCAUAACAAAAGAUCUUUCAAUGGAAAAACUGAACUCAUGUCUCCACCGCAGUUAUUAGAAGGUUCAGCUGUAUUUGAUAUAUUGCGAGAGAAGAAUAUAGUUGAUAGCAUAAUUGGAACUCUUUUAGAUAUUCCCGAAAAGACAAAAGAUCAUGCAGCUGCUCGUUUUGACCUUAAAGACAUGGACGGUAGCGCUUCCAAUAUUGCUCGAUGUGUGCAUGAAACAGAAAAGAAGAUUUCCGGUUAUAAGACCCAUGAUGCUCAUUUCAUGUUGCAUUACUUGUUGCAAGUACCAAUCAAGAGCAUACUUCCUGACCAUGUUGCCAUCGCUCUAGUUCGAUUAUGUUCAUUUUUUCGCCGAAUAUGUCAGAAGGUAAUUAGCCUGGAUGAGGUAGUUAACUUAGAAGCAGAGAUUGCUGAGACAUUAUGCCAAUUGGAGAGGAUUUUUCCUCCUAGCUUUUUUGACAUAAUGGUGCACUUGCCUAUUCAUUUGGCAAAUAAGGUGAGGUUAGGUGGUCCAGUUCAAUAUCGUUGGAUGUACCCUGUUGAACGGUAUAUGUGCACACUAAAAUCGUAUGUUCGUAAUAGAAGUCGUCCAGAAGGAUCUAUUGCCGAAGGAUAUUUGGCGAAUGAGUGUAUAAAUUUUUGCUCAAGAUAUUUGCAUGAAGAUGUUCAUACAAGAUUUAAUAGAAUCCCUCGGAACAAUGAUGAGUGUGUUUCAGAUGAGGUGCAAACUCCUAGUUUGUUUCCAUGCAAAGGAUGUCCUCUUGGUGGAAGAAUGGGAAAUUUGUUUAUUUUAGAUGAAAAAUCAGAAAUACAAGGUCAUGCAUACAUCCUAAACAAUUGUGAUAAGAUCGAAGUCUACAUGAGAGAACAUGAGGAGGCAGUUAAUGAUAACAAUCUACAAAGAACAAAGUGGGAGAAAACUAAGGACCGCAGUCAACAAUUUUCAGAAUGGUUUAAAAUUCGUGCCAUGAAAAAGGAUGUGCCUAGUUGGGCAAAAGGGUUGGCUAGGGGUCCAAAUCGAGUUGCAAAAAGAUUUUCAGGUUAUAUUAUCAAUGGGUAUAGAUUCCAUACAAGGCACCGUGAUGCGAGACGUAAAACUCAAAAUAGUGGUGUCACAUUAGAGGCAUUGACGCCUAGUUUUGCUAGUGUGAAAGAUAAGAACCCAAUUGAAGCAAAAGUAUCCUACUAUGGUAGAAUAGUUGAUACGUUUGAGUUAGAUUAUUAUGGCCAAUUUAAGGUAGUCUUGUUUAAGUGUGAGUGGUAUACAGUUGCAAAAGACAACUUUGGUCUUUCAUAUGUGUAUUUCAAUAAAAAAUGUUACCAAGAAGAACCAUUUGUGCUGGCAUCUCAAGUAAACCAAUGCUUUUAUGUGCAAGACCCAUAUGUCAAUGACAAGCACUAUGUUAUGAAAACAAUUCCAAGAGAUUUAUUUAGGGUAAGUGAUGACCUUGAGUCUGAUUCCCCCAUAAUAUAUGCAAGGGAGCCAUGCGAACCUGAAGUAAUUCCAAGUCUUCCAAAUGAUAAUGGCAAAAUUGAUCUAGUUAGGAAUGAUCUACGAGCAACUAUUAUAGAUAUGGAUCUAAACAUGUUUGCCAAACAAUAUUGCGAGGAAGACGAGGAAAUCGAAUAUGAGUACAUAGAGGACUUUGACUCUAAAACAUCUUGA